GCCGUGCACACGCGUCGCCGCCGCUGGGAGACGCGCUAGGUCCAAGCUUUCCGUCUUCUGCAGCUAACUCGCAGACACCGCCGCCGCAUCAUGGACGCCCCGAGGCAGGUGGUUAACUUCGGGCCCGGACCGGCCAAGCUGCCGCACUCGGUAUUGUUAGAGAUACAGAAGGAAUUAUUAGACUACAAAGAAGUUGGGAUUAGUGUUCUUGAAAUGAGCCACAGGUCAUCAGAUUUUGCUAAGAUUAUUAACACCACAGAGAAUCUUGUGCGUGAAUUGUUAGCCAUUCCAGACAACUACAAGGUGAUUUUUGUGCAAGGAGGUGGGUGUGGCCAGUUCAGUGCUGUCCCCUUAAACCUGAUUGGCCUGAAAGCAGCAAGGUGUGCAGACUACGUGGUGACAGGAGCUUGGUCGGCUAAGGCUGCAGAAGAAGCCAAGAAGUUUGGAACUGUGAAUACUGUCUAUCCCAAACUUGGGAGUUAUACGAAAAUUCCAGAUCCAAGCACCUGGAACCUCAACCCAGACGCCUCCUACGUGUAUUACUGUGCAAAUGAGACUGUGCACGGAGUGGAGUUUGAUUUUGUACCUGAUGUCAAAGGAGCAGUGUUAGUUUGUGACAUGUCUUCAAACUUCCUGUCCAAGCCAGUGGAUGUUUCCAAGUUUGGUGUCCUUUUUGCUGGUGCUCAGAAGAACGUUGGUGCCGCGGGGGUCACGGUGGUAGUCGUCCGCGAUGACCUGCUGGGCUUUGCUCUCCAAGAGUGCCCCUCCAUCUUGGAGUACAAAGUGCAAGUCAGCAACAAGUCCUUGUACAACACGCCUCCAUCCUUCAGCAUCUACGUCAUGGGCUUGGUCCUGGAGUGGAUUAAGAACAAUGGCGGUGCGGUGGCCAUGGAGAAGCUCAGCUGCAUCAAAUCGAAGAUGAUCUAUGAUAUUAUUGACCAUUCUCAAGGAUUCUACGUAUGUCCAGUGGAGCCCCAGAGUAGAAGCAAGAUGAAUGUUCCAUUCCGCAUUGGCAACUCUAAAGGAGACGAGGCUUUAGAAAAAAGAUUUCUUGAUAAAGCUCUUGAACUCAAUAUGAUUUCCUUGAAAGGGCAUAGGUCUGUAGGAGGCAUCCGGGUCUCUCUGUAUAAUGCCGUCACAAUCGAUGAUGUCCAGAAACUGGCGGCCUUCAUGAAAAACUUUUUGGAGAUGCAUCAACUGUGAAUACAUCCUAACCUUUGUACAUGGAGCAAAGUAACUUGGAAGGGCUACACAAACUUAAGCAAUACGGUAUUUUUCUUAGAUGAAUGCACUUAUUGUAGAUUUCUUUUUUUUUUUAUAUUCAAAUAACAACAGCAAAACUUCAACAGUUCUGCAAAGCUGGUGGACCUAAUGCCCUUUUUAACUCUUAUUUAAACUGGAAGCAUUUAAAAAAUCUUCUAUUGCUUUUCUAAUGAGUUCCAGCUUAUUUUGUCUUUGCUGCUACUUCUAGCUAGAUCUCUAUAUGCAAAUAGCCUGUGGACUUAAUAUUAUGCAAAUUUUUAUUAGUUCUGCAGAAGCAAGCGCACAGCAUGGGG